GUUUGUUUUUUGUUUGUUUGUUUGUUUUUGGUAUAUUUUUUGGUGGUGCUAGAAGUUAACAGUGAAUUUAUUGUUGAGGUGAAAGAAUUAGAUAUGGAAAAUGGCACUACAAAAUGGCAGACUGUCAGAAGACAAAAGCGAGAGUGGAUCAAGUUUGCUGCGGCCUGUAGAGAAGGAGAAGACAACUCAAAGAGGAAUCCAAUUGCCAAAAUUCGAUCAGACUGUGAAGUAAGCCAGAAGAUCACAUAUCGCAUCUCUGGGGUGGGGAUUGAUCGACCACCUUACGGAGUGUUCGCCAUUAAUCCUCGGACUGGGGAAAUCAAUAUCACUUCAGUGGUGGACAGAGAGAUAACUCCAAUUUUUUUGAUCUACUGCCGGGCUCUGAAUUCAAGGGGUGAAGAUUUAGAAAGACCUCUUGAGCUUAGAGUCAAAGUAAUGGACAUAAAUGACAACCCACCAGUAUUCACACAAAAUGUGUAUACAGCCAAUAUUGAAGAAAACAGUGACGCAAACACACUUGUAGUAAAGAUAAGUGCUACAGAUGCAGAUGAAGACAAUAAUCUGAAUUCGAAAAUCGCCUAUAAGAUUCUCUCUCAGGAACCUGCAGGGGCACCGAUGUUCAUUCUGAACAGAUACACUGGAGAAGUCCGCACGAUGUCAAGUUUUCUGGACAGAGAGCAACACAGUAUGUAUAAUCUUCUUGUGAGUGGGUCAGAUCGGGAUGGAGCUAUAGACGGACUGUCUUCCCAGUGUGACUGUAGAAUCAAGGUUUUAGACAUCAACGAUAAUUUCCCCACCUUAGAGAAAACUUCAUACUCAGCAAGUAUUGAAGAAAACUGUUUGAAUUCAGAACUGAUACGAUUGCAAGCAAUUGAUCUGGAUGAAGAAGGCACUGAUAAUUGGUUGGCAGAAUAUUUAAUUCUCUCUGGAAAUGAAGGAAAUUGGUUCGAUAUUCAAACAGACCCACACACUAAUGAAGGCAUUUUGAAAGUUGUCAAGAUGCUGGAUUAUGAACAAAUGCCUAAUAUUCAUCUUAGUAUUGGGGUUAAAAACCAAGCUGAAUUUCAUCACUCAGUUGCCUCUCAAUUCCGAAUGCACUCAACUCCUGUGAGGAUUCAGGUUGUUAAUGUGAGAGAAGGGCCCGCGUUUCAUCCAAACUCUAUGACCUUCAGUGUGCGAGACGGAAUCAGAGGAGAUUCCUUACUGAAUUAUGUGCUUGGAACAUAUACAGCUGUAGAUUUAGACACAGGAAACCCUGCAACUAAUGUCAGAUAUAUUAUAGGACAUGAUGCAGGAAGCUGGUUAAAAGUUGAUUCAAGGACUGGUGAAAUACAAUUUUCUAGGGAAUUUGAUAAGAAAUCAAAAUAUAUUACUAAUGGGAUAUACACAGCAGAGAUCCUGGCUAUAGAUGAUGGCUCUGGGAAAACGGCUACAGGAACCAUAUGCAUUGAGGUUCCUGACAUCAAUGACUACUGUCCAGUCAUUUUUAGUGAAAGUAAAACCAUCUGCAUUGCCACUCCAUCAGUCCUUAUCUCUGCAAGAGCCAUUGACGACCAUUCUUAUGGGUCUCCUUUUACUUUCUGUGUUGUUGAUCAGCCACCAGGGACAGCUGAUUCAUGGAAUAUCAGAUCCACAAACGCUACCUCUGCAAUCCUUACAGCUGUGCAGCCUCUGUAUACCGGACGUUACCAGAUCCCGAUCUUAGUGAAGGACAGCUAUAACAGAGCGUGUGAAUUGCCACAGAUCGUGCAGAUAGACGCCUGCGACUGUGACAGCAAUCACAUGUGCUUGUACUCUAGUACCACCAACAUAUACACUGGGGACAUCAGCUCCGUUACUAGUGACGUAGAUGGGCUUGUCACUGAUGACCGAAUUGGGGAAUCAAACGUUGGUCUCGGCCCCUCAGGGAUUGGCAUGAUCAUUCUGGGCCUCUUAAUGCUGCUUCUGACGCCACUCUUGCUGCUCAUGUGUUGCUGCAAACCAAGACAGCCAGAAGGGCUGGGAACAAGUUUUGCUCCUGUGCCAGAAGGGGGAGAAGGAGUGAUGCAAUCUUGGAGAAUAGAAGGGGCACAUCCGGAAGACAGGGAUGUCUCAAAUAUAUGUGGACCCAUGACAGCCUCUAAUACUCAGGAUCGUAUAGAUUCUUCUGAAAUCUACACUAACACCUAUGCAGGAGGAGGAAUGGUUGAAGGAGGUGCAUCAGGAGUAGAACUCAACACAGGUGUUGGAAUGGCUGCUGGCCUUGUGGCAGGAGGAGCUGCAGGAGCAAUGAGGAAGAGAAGUUCAACGAUAGGAACCCUGCGGGAAUAUGCAGAGUCAGGCGUGAACAUGGCUUUCUUGGAUAGCUAUUUCUCUGAGAAAGCAUAUGUUUAUGCUGAUGAAGAUGAAGGUCGACCAGCAAAUGACUGCUUACUCAUUUAUGACCACGAGGGAGUAGGUUCUCCAGUGGGCUCCAUUGGCUGUUGCAGUUGGAUCAUGGAUGAUUUAGAUGAGAGCUACAUGGAAACUCUAGACCCAAAAUUUAGGACUCUUGCUGAAAUCUGCUUAGACACAGAAAUUGAGCCAUUUCCUUCACACCAGGCCUGUAUACCUAUCAGUACUGAUCUCCCUCUGCUAGGACCUAAUUACUUUGUUAAUGAAUCCUCAGGAAUGACUCUCUCAGAGGCUGAGUUCCAAGCAGAAAUGACAACACCUGAGCCAAUGAUUCAUGGGGAUAUUACUGUCACUGAGACUUACACUACUGCUGAUCAGUGUGUGCAGCCUACUACAAUUGUUUUUGAUCCUCAGCUUGCACCCAAUGUUGUAGUGACUGAAACAGUAAUGGCACCUGUCUAUGAUGUUCAAGGGAAUAUUUGUAUACCUGCUGAGUUAGCCAACACGCACAAUGUAAUCUAUGCUGAGAGAGUGUUGUCUAGUCCUGGUAUGCCUGGCAUAAGCAGUAGUAGCAUGGCUGAUGGUUGUAUGGGAUCUAUGAUGAGUGGCAGUAUUUUGGUAGGGCCUGAAAUUCAAGUGAUGCAACUGGUGAAUCCAGAUAUUCACAUAAACCAAACCACUGACUCCACAUCCCCCGUGACAUCUCAACAUAGGAUAACACAAUAUAGCAACAUUAGCAACAUACAUUACUCCCAACAGUAA